AUGCGUAAGAAACAAAUGAAAUUCAUAGGCAGAGAACUCAUGGCCCGCCUGAAAAAGAGCACCUAUGAUGUUCUGUUUGCGGACCUGAUCUCACCCUGUGGCGACCUCAUUGCUCUGAAGUUAAACAUCCCAUUUCUGUUCACCGUAAGGGUCACGCCAGCCUCAACGCUGGAGAGACACUGUGGCAAAAUGCCUGUUCCUCCUUCGUAUGUUCCAGCUAUCAUGUCUGGGCUCACAGACAGAAUGUCUUUUGGAGAAAGGGUGAAGAAUAUAAUAUCUUACCUUGUGCAAGAUUAUAUUUACCAGAGCUGGUGGGGAGAGUGGGACUCUUAUUACAGUCAGGUUUUAGGUAAGCCUGUUUUCGUUUCUUCUUCCCAAAGGUAGAGUAGAUGCUCUAAAGAUGGCAAGGAUUCCAACUUCAGUCCUUGGCAUGGCCAGUUAGAAGGGGCCUCUAAGUAGCAGGAUUGGAAAGGCCUCAUCCUGGGCCUGUGUAGAGCCACGGUCAGCUGGGAAAAGACUCUACUAAGCUGGAGAGCCUACUACCUGCAAUGGAGGGAGGUGUAGAUCUCACCUGCUUUGCUCCUUUAUCGCUUCACCCAGUUGCUCUGCCUGCUGUAUUCAACUUGAAGUAGAAUAAUUUCUAAAAUGAAUUUGGAAUUGAAGCAUAGGCAUUCUUUUGGAAUUUUCCGCUCUUUCCCACCAAUGUUCAAGCAUGGAGAAAGCAAAUUUGAUAUUGUAGCUAUUGUUCCACCAGCAUUCUUUUGUGCUGCUUUAUUUACUGAUGUGUUCUUCUGGGGUUUGGGAAGAAACUUUGUUUGGUUUGCAAUAUUAUGUGAACCUUCCUAAAUUGCAUUUAAUAAUAAUAAAUAUAAUAAUUUUUUAUUUAUACCCCGCCCUUCCCAGUUUGGAGGCUAACAGCAAAUUGAUUAAAAUGUGAUUUUAAAACAACAUAAAAUGCAGCAUCAGUAUCAAUAAAAUUUGAAAAUUCAGGGGUCAUUUUUUUUGGGGGGAACCCAGUCAGUAGACAUCAAAAUGAUCACCAGCGCUAACUGGCCAAGUUGGUCCUACUAGGGCCAGCAAGGUGACCAGGGAAGAAUUUAAAUGUGGGGUCCCAGAAAGGGUUUCUUCAUAGAAGAGAAAAGGAGAAAGGGAAUAGAGGAUCAGGUUAAUUCAAAUUGAAGGCCAGGUGGAAGAGCUCUGUCUUACAGGCCCUGCCGAAGGAGAUCAAGUCCUGCAGGGCCCUAGUCUCGUGGGACAGAGCAUUCCACCAGGUUGGAGCCAUCACUGAAAAAGCCCUUAUUAUUUCCUUAAAUAAUUAUUUCCUUAAGUUAUUUCCUUAAAUAACACACACACACGGAGACACAAGCUUGCAGCUUCCUGAAUUUUGCGAUGCCGUUCAACCAACCCAAUAAUUUGUACAAAAUAUGUGUAUGUGCAUCGCACACUUGUGGAUCAGUAACGUAGAAAGAGAAAGAGACGCAAGGAAGAUGGAGGAAUCAAAAGCUUCUGCAAAUGGUGUUUGCCCUCAUGUUGUAUACACAACUCAGUAACAAGAGGCGGAACAAUGAAGGUGUUUCUUUUGCUUUGGUUCCAGUGCCUUAGCAACAACUCUUUGGACCUAGAAGGUCCUGAGAUCUAUAUAUCCUGCCAGAAGCUUUCACUCCACCAGCCCUGGGAUCUUAAUAGCCCUUUUCAGACAUUUGUCUGAAUGUGUGUGUGCUGAAGGUGGGGAGGAAGGAGCAUGAAUACAUGGUCUCCUCCCCCAGUUGCUGCCCUGCCCACUUUUGUGCUCCAGAUAUUUUGGGCUACAACUUCCAUUAGCUCCAUCCAGCAACUGGAAGCAUCAGGUUGGGGAAGGCUGGUCUUACCAGUUCUGAUUCACAUUCAGCUACCAGUGCUGACUUCAGAGCUAAGGGUUCUUUCAAAAAAUAUCAGACAUGGAUUUUCCUCUGAAAGAAUAUCCAUCAAGGAGCCACCGCCCAUCUUGGUUCCUAAUGAAUAAGUGUACAUGUAUUUUUUCAAGCACAGCUUUGUCCCCAACUAUUGUUCAAAUCUUUAGGUGUUCAUUUGAAAUGUAAUGUGCAAACUAGCUUUCAAUAUUUCUAGAAACGAGUUUGCCAAAACCUUUGCAUUUGUGAAGUAACUCCGUUUCUCUUCCUCAUUCAUCAGGGAGACCCACAACUCGUUGUGAAGUGAUAGGGAAAGCAGAUAUCUGGUUGAUCCGCACCUACUGGGACUUUGAAUUCCCGCUGCCUUUCCUACCAAAUUUUGAAUUUGUGGGGGGUCUGCACUGUCAGCCAGCCAAGCCUUUGCCAGAGGUAAUUCUCUCGCUUGACCUUCACUUGUGCAUGAUAACCAUGCCUGGAUCUUGUUCAAAGCACCUCCAGGGAAGGGGAGGGCGUGUGGUGGCAUGAUAAAGAAGUGGCAAGGUCAACUUAGUUUACAGAGGUGCCACUUGGGCCCCACACUGUGGGUGCCCAACAUUGGUGCGCACGGCACCACGCCGUAAUGACGUCAUAAUGUUGUGGGAUGUAAGAAUCAGGUGCAGUCAAACACAACAUGGCUAGAGUAGAUAUGAAGGUUGUCUCAGUCCUCCAGCCGGAACUUCCUGCUUUCCAGGACUGAGACGAAACUUCCUAUGUGUAACUUGAGAUGGGCGUGGCCUCUCUUGUAGUAGAAAGAACCAGAACCACAGGCUGGCGACCAUCUUGUCUGUCUUGUCUCUAUCAAUGCCAUCUUAACAAGAGCACUACUAAGAUGUACCCUUGGCUCCAGGCCCAUAAGGAGAUAGUCACCACAUUUAAACUAUGUUCUAACCUUUUAAGUCUGCCUUCUAGGUAUCUUUGUGUGAACAGAUGAUUACUUGUGAGUAAACAUUUUAUACUUUACAGAAGACUGUGUAGCAUCUUAUUUUAGGAGGGAUUAAACGGGGAAAAUACCAGGAAAUAUUUACAGUGACUCUAACAAGUCUGAGCAAGCUUUCUGCUGUGCGUGUGUUUAAAAGGGGGAAUGUUAACUCUGCUGAUUUUGUUGAACUUGUAAAGACAAGUUGGGAUAGGAUAUCUUAGACAAUAUAUCCUCCCCCGCAUCCCUAAACAUUCCCAGAAAUGUGACAUGAGGCAAUGACAUCACGGCAUGGAGCACCAUCGUGAUGACACAGCGCAUGCGCUACGGAGGCCACCGGGCAUUGAGCACUGCGGCUGCCUCCAUGCACCACCAUGUAUUGCAGCUACUGACACAGCGCACCACCCAUAGCUGCUGCACACCGCCUUACCAGCUGAGUCACCACCGCAGCAGCCUUACUAUCGUGUGGGUUUGCGGCAACAUUCAGAGUGGCAGAAUAGGUAGAAGAGCACAUCUGAUGUGUGGAACACACAGUCUACUCAUUGUAGCAGCUGUUCAUUCCAACAAAGCUUGUGAAGACACAUGGAUUGUGUCCCAUGUUUAUGUAGAGGGGUGUGGGGUGCUUUCUGGGUGGGCUACAAGCUUAAAGUUAAAGGCACAGUAGAAAAAGUGGGGAAUCGGUGUCUCCAACUGAUGUGACCUGUGGUUCUGCUUGUUGUCUGCCCUGCACCCUACCUCUACAGUCCUACAGGCCAGUGGUUGCCAUUGGAACCCCCUUCUGAGGAGCCUGAAACAUACAGUAGUUUGAAAACUGGACCUUAAAGACCACCUUCUCUGUUACAAGCCAGCACACCUUUAAACAUUGCUACAGAGCCUAGGACAUGCCAAUCGGAAGGUCGCGGUUCAAAUCCCCACGACGAGGUGAGCUCCCGUUGCUUGAUCCCAGCUCCUGCCAACCUAGCAGUUCGAAAGCACGUCAAAGUGCAAGUAGAUAAAUAGGUACCACUCCGGCGGGAAGGUAAACGGCAUUUCUGUGUGCUGCUCUGGUUCGCCAGAAGCGGCUUAGUCAUGCUGGCCACAUGACCCAGAAGCUGUACGCCGGCUCCCUCGGCCAAUAAAGCGAGAUGAGCACCGCAACCCCAGAGUCAGCCAUGACUGGACCUAAUGGUCAGGGGUCCCUUUACCUUUACUCAUGCAUUAGGUUUAAAAGCAUGGAGAAAUGUUGUUUGUUUGAUUGUUUAUAAAGAUGGCUUUUAUCUCUUGACAGGAAAUGGAAGAAUUUGUCCAGAGUUCAGGGGAGCAUGUCAUUGUGGUGUUUUCUCUGGGCUCUCUUGUUGCAAGCUUAACAGAUGAAAGAAUAACAUGCUUGCAUCAGCACUCAGCCAACUUCCACAGAAGGUCAAUGUUCAUGUCAUUUGGUUAAAAAUGCAGUUGUAAACAGUACUGGAUUUAUGAAAAUGCUGCCCUCAUUUCCUUAUCCCUGCCAUGAUAAGGGAACACUUUCCACAUUUGUUUUCCUUAAAAUCUACCCGUACUUAAACAUCAUCACUUUUUAAAAAAUAAAUAAAAAUUAAUUAUUUAUUGAGUACAAAUUAGAAAAAAAUACAAAUAUACCAAAAAAAGGAAAAUACAUGUAACCAAGAGAAAAUUAGAAAAGAUUUUACCUCUUCUCAUAUUUACAAUUAUUUACACCUCUACAAAACAAUAUUCACAAUAAAGAAAAGAAAUGAAAGGUAAAAUAUAAAAGAAAAGAACAAGAAGAAGAUAACGAAAAGGAAGAAAUAAGAUCAAAAAUGAGAGUUUUAAAAGUAGGUAAGUAUUCACUAUACUUUUUAUUUUUGUAGAUUAUGAGAAUUCUGAACAGCAGUGUUUUGGGUUGUUUUCAGAUGACCUAUUUGCUGAGCGUUCAUCCUGUUUUAUUUGCACAAGGUUUGCAGGGGGACUACAGUAUGUUUGUAGGAAAGUUAUAGGAUGUUGCAUCAAGAAAUGGUUACCCCACACUUUCCAGGGCAAUUUCCUGCCACUUUCCUUCCCACAAAAAAGUCCAAUUUUGGGGAAGCAGGUUUGUUGUUCAAGAGUGCCAAAUCCACUUUAAUUGUGCAGCUCAAAUUUAAUUUUGCACCUUGUAUAUCUUCGUAAGUAUAAAUGCCCUAUUAGUUGCCUACUAUCUUAAUGUUGCCUGUCACCCCAAUCUCUGAGCGGUGUGAGCAGUGUUAGAAACUGAGAUUUGAAAGCUAGGAGCUAAAUAGCACCUUAAACCUAAGUUAUGGGCACAACAACGGAAUGUCUAGGUGCGCUUUUUUUAAUAACAAGAAUACAAAGCUAAAAAUGAAUGAAUUGCAGCUAAAAUAUUAUAUUCAUUUUUCACAUGGUCUAGUCCUUCUGCUGCCCACCCCCCUAAUAUUAUUAAGAGCAUCUCUUCUCCAGUCUUCAGAGAGUAACUGGAAGUGGGCAGGCAGGAAAAAGGUCCUCCUUUCCUUCCACUCUGCAGUUUUCUUCUGAAAUCUCAGACAUAGUACUGCGCCCAGAGUUCAGAAACUGCUCACGCUAAUGAAAUUCCCUGUUGCAAAAUAUGCCUAGAACAAUGGGAUUUUUGAACACUGGGUGUGAGGUUCUAGGGGUUCCAUGCACUUACCCAGGGUCUGUGUUUCCUUUUGGAAAUGAGGCACAAUGGAGACUGUGGUGUCUUCAGGAUAUAUGGUUUAUUUAUGCAUAUAUACAACCAAAGCCUGCGAUGGAGGGGUUCACAGCAUGAACACCCCUAGUGGGUCUUCUUUCUCCCAUAGCUGCAGCUUUGGAUUCAAACAGACAUCCAACAUCUCUCUCCCUCUCCCUCCCUCCCUCCCCUCCCCUCCCCUCCUUCUCUCUCUCUCUCUCUCUCUCUCUGCAGCUUGCUGCUUUCCUUCCUGGUCACAUCACACAAAUGGGCUUGAUUAAAUUCAAACGCUAGAUCCAGGGAUUUACAGAUGUCUAGCGCCCACAAACUCAUAAUAUUAAUAUAUGUUAUAGGCUCAGAUGUACUCCAGAAAUAUGGUGCACGAUCAUUUUACUGUCACUAAAGAAAGUGGUUAAGCAGCUAGUGUUGAUGAGCCAUAUUAGAAAACAGAUGGGCCAACAGUUAUUGGAGAAGCUUUCAGAAUCAACAUGGUCCUGUUUAAAAGCCAAGCAAAAUGAGUAGACGGCCUGUGAGCCAGUUUAGUUUUCUUUGCAGUCUGAGUUACAGAUAACAGUUUUUCCUCCCCCCCCCCCCGAUCCAGGUUCUUUGGCGCCACAAAGGGAAAAGGCCAGAAACCUUAGGAGCUAACACCAGGCUUUAUGAAUGGAUACCACAAAAUGAUCUUCUGGGUAAGAGAGACUUCAUGUUUCAUUGCACCUUUGGCUUCAUUGCAGCGUUCUGCCAAUCCCUAGGAAAUAUCUCCUCCAUCCUCACUUUCCUCACUCACUGACAGCCCUGGAUAGUGGUAGCAAUGAGCAUCUUCCCCUUCAUUUAUUCCAUUCCUAAUCAGUAGCUUCACCCUGCCCCUUGUAUUCUGUUAUGCCUGUUUUAUUGCUGAGCUUGGAUCAUUUUCAAAAUUAAUCACAGAAAUGGCAAUGUGUGUGUUGGGCAGGGAAGAAGGGAAGAUGCAAACUGGAAAAUGGUGAGUGCACACAUGCUGUAGCCCAGGGGUUGGCAACCUAAGACCCAUGGGGUCGUUUAACUGGCCCAUGAGCCGCCCCUGAACCAAGCCACCCACUCGGUGAGUCCCCGCACGCUGCGCUAAACCGGCGCAGCGCAGCGCAGGGACUCACUUUCGCGGCGCCGGAAACUGCAUCUGUGCAGAUGUAGAUGCCGGAAAUCGUGUCUGUGCAGACGCAGGUGCCGGAAAUCAUAGGCAGGCGGGUGAUCUGGCCCACGAAGGGAUCUCCGCUGGAGUGAACUGGCCCAUGGAAGGUAAACCUUGCUGACCCCCGCUGUAGCCUGAAAAAGGACAUUUACAAAACACAGAAAAGAACUGUGGUUUGCUUAUGCAUUGACAACACACCAUAGCUCCAAAGAUCCAGGGAAAUGUUUGGAUGGGGAGAAUCUCGACGUUUCCUUUCUAAAUGGUCAAGGAUGCACCUUGUAGGCUUCUGCACAUUCCUUUCUCACCUACGGCUUUCUGGUUUGACCUGACUCCUUGUCUGGUGCAAGCUGUUGGAAGAAGCUCUUUGGUUGUGCUUCUCCUGACCAAUAGUAGAGGCAGAUCAUUAUCCAGAAUGGAUGCUGGUUGACCUGCCCCCGACUGCACAAUAUAAGAUAUAAACUGUCUCUGCUGUUUGCUUCUAGUCCUUCUCCAGGCCUCCUGCCAUCACCAAUUUGUAGAGUUCUAGAUCAAACUAUUAUUCUUCACAGCUGUUUCCCAUACUUCCCCCCUCUCCAGUUUCUGCUAGAGUAGGCCAGCUUCUCUUGGGUGCAAUUUCUUGGAAUCCUUGGGGGAAAGGGCAAAGAGGCAGGGGAAACAGCUGGGGUACACCCCAAGGAAAGCCAAGGCCCCAGACAGUGCUAAAUUUUUAGUACUUUGUGUUUUCAACUAUUCAGGACACCAAGGACUGCAAACUCUCUCUGUUUCACAAAGCUGUUGUUGUGUGCUUGGCCAGAGUCAGCGUUGAGUUCUAGAAACAUUACUAUGUAUAGUGAACUGCAAUCUCCAGAGAUUGCCUGACAGUUGGACUAUGCUGGGCACUGUUGCUAAGAAUCAAUGAUAAUAACCUACUUGUCACAUCCCAUAGUCAACAGAGUCUCAUCUUCUCCUUCCAGGACAUCCCAAGACCAAAGCCUUCAUAACACAUGGUGGGAUCAAUGGGAUUUAUGAAGCUAUUUACCAUGGCGUUCCCACAGUGGGGAUUCCCAUGUUUGCUGACCAGCCUGACAAUAUUGAGCACAUGAAGGCAAAGGGGAUGGCUGUGGGGCUGGACAUCCAGACAAUGGAUGCAGAAGAUUUAGUGGAUGCUGUGAAGGCUGUCAUUCUCAACGCCACGUGAGUCAAUCGCAAACUCUCCUCUGAAGAAGACAUCUGAAGGAAGCCCUGUUUAGGGAAGUUUUUAAUGUUUGAAGUGUUAUUCUGUUUUUAGUGUUUUGUUGGGAGCCACUCAGAGAGGCUGGGGAAAUCCAGCCAGAUGGGUGGGGUAUAAAUAAAAUUAUUAUUAUUAUUAUUAUUAUUAUUAUUAUUAUUAAUUAAAGACUGCCGUCCUUUGAGUUCUGGCUCUAUACUAAUUUGUUCUUAUUUCUCUAUCUUCUCCCUACCCAAUCCUCCAGAUAUAAGGAAAAUGCAAUGAGACUGUCACAGAUCCAGCAUGACCAACCAAUAAAGCCACUGGACCGGGCUGUCUUGUGGAUUGAGUUUCUUAUGUUAAUAGACUUCCCUCUAUCUCUUUGCGGAUUCCAUAUUUCUCUUACAUUUAAGUAAUCCGUAUUCCAUUAUUAAAAAAGAAAAUUCCCUUAUAUCUGUGAAGUUAGUCUAGGCACAGCCCAGUGUUGUUAUUGGAACCAUAUUUUGUCAGAUAAUUUUUAAAGCCAUCCCAUUCAGGACCAGACAUUUCAUGGGGUGUCAAUUCCACUUUCCCUGUCUCAUGAGGACUCUACUGGGGUUCUUCAACACUCUUAAGUUCCUUUCCUUCUUCCUUGGGCUCCGAGCUCCACAUCCAUGACACCACAAACGGGACUUGUAACACCUGCUAAACUGCAAUGGCAACGUGAGUUUGGGCCCUAUUCCAAUUUGUUCAUCCUUUUCUCUCUUUCCCCCUCCCCUUCUUUAUCCAAUCCUCCAGGUAUCAGGAAAAUGCAAUGAGGCUGUCACAGAUCCACCAUGACCAACCGAUAAAGCCGCUGGACCGGGCUGUCUUUUGGAUUGAGUUUGUCGUGUGCCAGAAAGAGGCUAAACACUUGAGAGCAGCUGCCCAUCACUUGACCUGGUACCAAUAUCACUCCCUGGACGUCAUUGCCUUCUUGAUCGGUUGCAUGGCAGUUUUCAUAUUCAUUGCUGUUAAAUGCUGUUUAUUUUGUUGUCGGAAAUGUGGCAGGAUUAUUAGGAAAACCAAAACAGAGUAG